CAUAAUACCAUACGUGCUUCUUCUUCCUCUCUCGUCAGACACAAGAUCUAGACAGCGAGUCACUUGAAGGAUUCAGCAACGCCGUCGCACCGGUACGCAGGAGCGACACACCACCACACCCACCAAGCACACAGCAGCAGGCACCAUCAUGUCGGGGUUCCCUCCGCCAUCCAACAGCCUCCCCCCGGUCAACAUCGGGCAGUCUGCGUCUACUGCCGGUGGCGGCGGAUCUGUCGACGGCUCGUCGACAGCGGGCAGCACAACAACCGCGGGCACCAGCACUACGACCGUCCCCGUGGCCGACAUGUCGAGCAUUGUCUCCGGGGGCGGGGAGCUGUACGGCAACAUGAUGGUGGGCAGCCUUCCCGCGAUGGGAGGAGGCCUUGGUGAGUCGGCACCGCCAUCGCCGGAGCUUGGACCGGUGCCCUCUGCCAACCGGUCCGGAAAGUCCGGGCCUGUGCACCACAGCAGGGCCGCCCUCAUGUCGGCGACUCGAAUUGUGGUGAAAGCCGGCACGUCGAUCGUGUCUAACAGUCGCGGAUACCCCUGCCUCUCGCGGAUCGGAGCCGUGGUGGAGCAGUGCGCGUGGCUUAAGAAGAUGGGCAAGGAGGUGAUCCUUGUAUCGUCUGGUGCCGUCGGUGUCGGUCGACAGUUGCUUCGCAAGCAACAGCUUCUUCACACCAGCAUGGGGGCAGUACUGGACGGCCACGCGGAGGUGCCGAAGGGAACCGGGCGGAGGAACUACGACAGCGCUUGUGCGGCGGCUGGGCAGCUCGGCCUGAUGUCGCUUUACGAGACUCUGUUCGCGCAGUGCGAUGUUGCGACGAGCCAGCUGCUGGUGACUGAGUUCGACUUCCGCACGCCGGAGAGGCGUCGCCACCUCCGGUACACCACCUCCACCAUGCUCAAGCUAGGCGUCGUUCCCAUCCUCAACGAAAACGAUGCUGUUUCGGGAAACGAGGGUUACGAGGCCGACGGCAUGUUCAGCGACAACGAUGGUCUGGCCGCGCUGGUGGCGGAACAGAUGAACGCGAAGAUGCUUAUCCUGCUGACAGACGUGGAAGGCGUCUACAACAAGCACCCCGACGAGGAAGGGGCAAAGAUCUUCCACACUUUUGACCCCAACCGGCACGAGCUCAUGAUCGGCGAAAAGAGCGCUGGCGGUCGCGGGGGCAUGGGCGCCAAGAUCCGAGCCGCCUCUCGCGCCGUGUCUGGCGGGGUCCCCUCGGUUGUGAUCGCUAGCGGCCUCAACCCCUACUCGAUAGAAAGGAUCGUCUGUGGCGAGAGGGUGGGCACCAUGUUCUGCGCCAACCCGGGUCUGUACGAGGACAGCGAUGACGAGGAAGACGCCGACGAUAUGAUCGUCAGGCAGGCGGAGAUGGCCAGGGUCGGCGGGAGGGCACUCUGCGCAUUGGACAGUGAGGAGAGAGCUGGCAUCCUUCGGAAAGUGGCCGAGGCCCUGCUCGCCAAAUCUCCGGAGAUCACUGUGGCCAACGAGAGGGACAUCAAGGCCGCUAAGGCCAACAACAUCGCCCCCGCCCUCCUCAACCGCUUGAAGCUGACCGAGGACAAGAUCAAGGUGCUGGCGGAGGGCAUAACGUCCUUAGCGGACGGAGAGGAACCCCUGUCGAAGUGCAACAGCCGCCUGGAGGUUCAGGAGGGCCUUGUCCUCAAGCAGAUUACAUCCCCGAUCGGAGUGCUGCUGAUCGUGUUCGAGUCAAGGCCCGACUCCCUCCCCCAGAUCGCCUCCCUCGCGAUACGGUCGGGCAACGGCCUGCUGCUCAAGGGGGGCAAGGAGGCCGAGCACUCGAAUGCAUGCUUGCAUAGGAUCAUCGUGGACGCGGUUGCCGAGGGGUCGAAGGGCAGGGUGCCUAGGGACUGCAUCGGUCUCGUCACGUCUAGGGCAGCGGUGGGAGAGCUGCUCAAGCUCGACCACCUGAUCGACCUCGUCAUACCGAGGGGAUCGGGGUCCCUGGUGAACCACAUCAAGGCUAGCACGAAGAUUCCCGUCAUGGGGCACAGCGAGGGCAUCUGCCACGUGUACAUCGACAAGGCGGCAGACCCCACAAAGGCGGUGGAGAUCGCAGUAGACGCGAAGGUGAACUACCCUUCGGCGUGCAAUGCGGCGGAGACUAUCCUGAUCCACAAGGCUCUCUUGGAAGAAGGGGCUGGAACUUGCGCUCAGGUCGUUAGAGCUCUCCACUCUACCGGCGUGACCGUUUUGGGCGGUCCCAGGGCGGUGGACCUCGGCGUGGUGGGAGGGGACAAGAUAUCCCCGGGUUUCAAGACGGAAUACGGCGAGUGUGACUUGACAGUAUCGCUGGAGAUCGUCGACAGCGUGGAGGCUGCCCUGGAUCACAUCCAAAUGUUCGGGUCAAGCCACACGGAGACCAUCGUGACGGAGGACCAGGACGUGGCCAAGAUGUUCCUCGAGACCGUGGACAGCGCGUGCGUUUUCCACAACGCCUCCACACGCUUCUCGGACGGAUACCGCUUCGGCCUUGGGGCAGAGGUUGGUGUGUCCACGGGGCGAAUCCACGCCAGGGGCCCCGUGGGUGUGGAAGGCCUCCUCACCACCAAGUGGGUCCUCAGGUCUCAUGGAGAGUCGGCCCACACGGUCGGCAAGAAGGACCCGUACUUACUCAAGCCCAUGGACCUCGAGGCAGGGGCGUGGUAAUGAAAAAGAGGGGGGGGGCGUCGUUUGCAUUGCAGAGUAAGGAGGGGUUUCGAUUUUUUUUUUUCAUUCUCAACUAUGCAAGGCGUGAUGGUAGUUUAUGCCUAUAGCUGCGACCGCGGUGCGAUUGAAACCGAAGUGGCCGUUUAUUUUUUGCAUCAGUGUUUUUUUUGGUGGGGGGUAGGGGGUGCUUGAGUUUUUUGGGAAGGGCAGGAGCGCGAGCGCGCAAAGAUUUCUCGUAGACAACCAGCUACCUACGUGCUCCGGUGGUAUAGCGACAGAGGAAGUGUUUUGAAGUAUUUUAUGGGUGUUGAAAGGCGUCUCUACGUAGAUAGAUGUAGCUUGUUCUUCUUGGUCAAAAUAUUCCCAAUCAAAGUGCACGGCAGGAAAGAGAAAGCGGAUAAGUACUUGUCUACAGAGGAGGAAUAAACCGGCCGAAAAUCCAAGUUCCAAAUAGGCCGCCUCCGUACCUUUCCAUUUCGACACUGAUGCGUUGAAUGUUUUGAUGUGCUAACCCGUACACGGUGUUGAUAUCUUUUUGACGAAAAUGACCCUAGGAUGUCAAGAUUUCCCUCCUCCUGUCGCUGUGUCCGUCGCUCUCGUAUUUGUCAUGCUCGUAGUUCCAGGAGCGCCCCGGUGCUCAUCUUAUUCUGAUAGCGCUGUUCUUUUACGCAGCCCUCACUGCUUGUUUUGAUCUGGCAAGUGGGUAAACCAGCUGGGAAAUAUAUAGGUUUUAGUGCAGGCAGGGUUAAGUGAAUGUUAUCAUAUUUCGCAUCCUCGAUUUCUUAAACCGCCACAGUGUUUUUCAUUGGUGUGCGCUGUCUGGGCCUACUUGCGCGUGCAGUAUUUCGUCCGCAGUUUUUGCCCGGCGCGUGCGUGAGUGCGUGAGAGUGCGAUGUGUAGGAGGCGCCUCUGCUACUAAAGAAAGGUGUCAAAAGCCUUGUUGUCGACCUUGCCAGCAUGAAAAUGCCCCCACACAGUUGCUGCAGUAGAUGGGCGUUGAAGAGGACUCAUGGCGGCUGUUCUACGUGCUCGGUGCGUUGAACCCUUUUGUCCAUCUGGCUGCGUUGAAUCGGGCGCUUGGCGGCUUAACCACGUGCUUGGUGCGGUGAACAUUGUGGCCAUCUGACUGCGUUGAAGGGGACACCUGCCUUCUGUUCUGCUUGCUUGGGUGAAUUGAACCUGAUGUCCAUCUGGCGGAAAGCCGGGGAUUUAGCCCCCCCUGUCCCCCGUUGCGUUGUCUGCUGACGGUCAACCCGAGGUGAUUUUUGUCGUCUUUUUGUGUCCUCUUUGCGUUUCGAGGGGCGGCUAGCAAUUUCUCGGGGGACAUACAACGUGUUUUGAACACAGGAAAUGCCGGGUGUGAGCCAGGGCGCGAUAUAUAGGGCAACCGCAAACCAGAGUCGGGGUUGUGUAGUGGGCAGUUUUGCAAGGCUGUUGUUGCCCGGUUUAGUCUGCAGAUGUCUGCCGCAUGUCGGCGAUACCUGUGAACAUUUGUCUUGUUUGCUUGUGCGGGUAUUUUGGCCUUAGGGUUGGCCGCGAUUCUCCACGGGGUAUUUCUUACUACCCCGGAGUAUUAGGUAGAUGGCGGGACAGCUGGAAAGAACGGCGUUCCUUUUUGUAUGCUCGUUGUUGUUGGACAUGACCGUGUCAUCCGCAAUCCAACGGCAACAUCAGCUACACAAUGAGGACGUCGCCGUGGAGGUAGGCUGAAGAGCUCAGCGCAUUAGUUCUGAUUUGCUCUUUUUUAUUGUGCAUACUUGCAUCGGCUGUCCGUGCUGUCCUCUACUAAACUGCACGUAGUAAUACCAGCUUGCUUCCAUUUGUGCUGGUUGUGACGAGCGAUUACACCGCUGCAUUUAGCGUUGAUCCCCUUGUUGCGUUGAAACCGUGUGCCCCUUGACGCUGGGGAUACGCGUGCGUGCGUGGUUUUCUGUGCGGACAGCCGUGCUGGCCCGCUUCAGUACAUGUUUUAAAAGCGAUCAGCCAGGCCUCUUGCUAUUGCGAACCUGGGAUGCAUAUUAGUAAUGUGUCUUGGGGGGGUCAUGCAUGUGCAUAUGUACCCGCGUCUGGAAUUUUCCCUCUCUGCGGAAAUUUCUCGAGUCUUCCGUGCAAAAACAACAGGUUUCGGGCUGCAUCUGAGACUACAUUCCAGCAGUAUGCAUGCAAGAGAGAUGGACAAAGAGCGGAGAGAGAGAAGAGCGAGAGUAUCGACAGCUGCCCAAGAACUUUCAUAGAAUUGAGAGGGAGGUUGGGUUUGAUAGGCAACGCCAGUUUGGCUGAAACGCAUCAGUCUACACCCA